AUGUCUGAGACAACGGCGACUGACGGUGCAACGCAAAACAACAACGGCCAAUUAGCCACAAAAAUAGAUAGAUCCCUUUUAAAUGACAAAUGGGACGUGGUUCUUUCUAACAUGUUGGUGAAGGUAGGGAUGGGGUUUGGUGUUGGUGUUGUCACAUCGGUGCUUCUGUUUAGGCGCCGUGCCUUCCCCGUGUGGCUCGGGAUUGGGUUUGGUGUCGGGAGAGGGUACUCUGAGGGCGAUGCCAUUUUCCGCUCUACUUCAGGGAUAAGAACUGUGAAGGUAUGA